AUGGGGCGCGCCGUCACGAGGAAGAAACACACCUGUGGUCGUUGCGAGCAGCUGUUCAACAGCAGAAAAGAGCUUAGCAUGCACAUGAUGAACCACGAAGACGCAGAGCCAGUCCAACACCAGUGCCCGAUGUGCCCGUUCCAUUUUGACGACUCGCUCAAGCUUGAGCAGCACCGUAUUGUGAGCGGUCAUCUAGAUGUUGGUCAGUUCAAGUGCGAUAGAUGCCCUCAAGUCUUUGACACUCAGGGAGGCUAUACACGCCACCGAGCGCAUGGUAAGCCAUGCUGCGACGCUAAGCACUUCAAAGACUGGAAGAAAACACCUCGACCUGGAUACAUCGACCCGGAUAAGCCGAAGUUGGUCGUUAAAGAGGCCCAAGAGCUGGAAUACGGCGGUAAUUCUUCAGGUACGCCAAGUCAAGUGAGCGAAGGCCAGGAGUAUUGCCGCUGUUGCAAGAAGACCUUCGCGUCCGAGUUCGCUUACGAUUAUCAUGUUCUCGUGCCUCGCCAGCCACCGAUAGUACUGAGCGAUCUUCCCGCACCUACUUCAGCAAGUUCUUUAGAACCCCAGGCUUUGGCUCCGGCUCCUGAACGAGCGCCCACCACUCCAUCUGCUGGAGCGAAAAAGCUCGUCUGCAAUAUCAACGGUUGCACACGAAGCUAUGCCUCUGAGGCGGGCUUGAAUAUGCACAAGACAGACGUGCACGGUUUCGGCGGCCAGGGUCUAGAUCUGCAUGGGAGAGAUUCCUGGAUGCUCGCUCAGCGCGAGCGAGAGCGACUCCGAGCAGAAGGUCAGCUGAAAGCGCCAACAGGUUCCCGCGGUGGUAGAAACGGCAAUAGCGGUGGCCGAGGUGGCAACAGCGGUGGCCAUCGUGCGCCUGCUCCUGCCAGCUUCCAUAUACCUCCUUCCCACACACUAGCUCAACGCGUGGCACCAUCCCAUGAAUCUUACCAGCAAGUCACUCACCAUGCUGGAGUCAGUACGACCCCACCUCUGCCGACGAGUCACAAUAUCAGCGAUGCUCUAGAGAUGGAGCAAGCCAAAUUUCUCUGCAGCAAAACCUUACGCCUGUUGCUGCAAACUGACGUGUUUAUUCACCAUGACGGCAAGAUGAGUGUUGGUGGCAUCGACUGGACACGUAUCAGUGUAGAUCGACAGCCUGAUGUUACCGGUAUGUUCAACGACAUGUGUCACUUGCCUCGCAUCCUUCAGUCCCUUGAAUACGUGCCAGCCCCCAAGACUUUCGCGACCGAGUAUACUGCGCAGUACCCCGUUGCCGAGUUCGAGAGUGCACCAACUCGCAACCCCGCCAAGCCUGCUCUUGACAUCAUCGCCAUGUACUGUAGCAAGAUCGUCUUGGCCAAUGUUUGUCAGGAAGUGGUCAAGAUUGCUGCGGUCGAUGUCCUCACCUGUCGCGUCCUCAUGAGCCACUUGGUCUGCAACAACCCACAUGCACGAGUCGUCAACUGGCAUCCGGCUACUACUGGACUGUCUAGCUUUCAAGACAUGGAGGACGCUCGUCAAGCGGGUUACAGAGUUCUCAAGGGAUGGACUGCAGCUCGGUCGGCUCUCUUCAAGUUUGUCGACAAAGAGACGAUCAUCGUUGGUCAUAACCUGCGCGCUGAGUUGGACGCACUGCGAAUCAUUCAUGGUCGCGCAAUUGACAUUGCAAAAGUAGUCGAGAGUGCAGCGAAGGGUCCCUUAUCGAAGGCUCAGGUCAGCCUCGACAGCUGGUGCCGAGAUGUUGCGAAUGUUGCUAGGCUUGAGACCGACCCAGUGUUCGGACGCGACUGCCUCGUGAACGCUUUUGCAGUGCGGGAGAUCGGACUCUGGACCAUUAAGAACAAGGAGAAGCUCGAACAGGUCGCCAAGCAGAAGACGAAGGAGUACCAGUUGGUGAUGAAGAAUUGA